AUGUUGCGCGUGGUAAGUUGGAACAUCAAUGGGAUACGGAGUCCCCUACAAGGGGUGGUAUGUCAGGAGUCCAGCAACUCCGCCGCCAUGACCUUGCGACGCCUUUUGGACAAGCUGGAUGCCGACAUCGUUUGUCUCCAGGAGACCAAAGUGACCAGAGAUGUGCUGACUGAGCCCCUGGCUAUCAUUGAGGGCUAUAACUCCUAUUUCAGCUUCAGUCGCAACCGUAGUGGCUAUUCUGGUGUAGCUACCUUCUGUAAGGACAGUGCUACCCCAGUGGCUGCUGAAGAAGGCAUGAGUGGCCUCCUUGCCACUCAGAAUGGGGAUGUGGGUUGCUAUGGAAACAUGGAUGAAUUCACCCAAGAGGAGCUUCGGGCUCUGGAUAGUGAGGGCCGGGCCCUCCUCACACAGCACAAGAUCCGCACAUGGGAAGGGCAGGAGAGGACCUUGACCCUAAUCAACGUGUACUGCCCCCACGCAGACCCAGGGAAGCCUGGGCGGCUGGCCUUUAAGAUGCGCUUCUAUCGCUUGCUGCAGAUCCGAGCAGAAGCCCUCCUGGCUGCCGGCAGCCAUGUCAUCAUCCUGGGUGACCUGAACACAGCCCACCGUCCCAUUGACCACUGGGAUGCAGUCAAUCUGGAGUGCUUUGAAGAGGAUCCAGGGCGCAAGUGGAUGGAUGGCUUGCUCAGUGACCUGGGGUGCCAGGCUGGGGCCCAUGUAGGGCCAUUCAUUGAUAGCUACCGUUGCUUUCAACCAAAGAAGGAGGGGGCCUUCACCUGCUGGUCAGUGGUCAGUGGUGCCCGCCAUUGCAACUAUGGCUCUCGGCUUGACUAUGUGCUGGGGGACAGGGCUCUGGUCUUAGACACAUUCCAGGACUCCUUCCUGCUGCCCGAGGUGAUGGGCUCUGACCAUUGCCCCGUAGGUGCAGUCUUGAGCGUGUCCUCUGUAUCCUCAAAACAGUGCCCACCCCUGUGUACUCGUUUCCUCCCAGAAUUUGCAGGCACUCAGCUCAAGAUCCUUCACUUCUUAGUUUGCCAUAAACAAGAUCCUGUGUUCAGGCAGUCGGCACUGCAACUCAGCAGUCAAACCCAGGUACAGACAAACCAAAACAAAAAAGCUGGUGUGCGUUCAACCAGGCUUCGGCCAAGCCAGGUUGGCUCCAGCAGAGGCCAGAAGAACCUGAUGAGCUACUUCCAGCCAUCCUCUAGCCAUCCCCAAGCCUCUCCAGCCUUGGAGUUUCCUAGCCUGAUGGAUAUUCUUGUGACCUCAAAAAAAGAGGCAGCACCCAAAGUGGUAGAAGUGCAGGCCAAGGCUUCAGAGGCUAAAUGUGAGAAGGAGGUGAGAACCUUGUGCUGGAAGUCCCUGUUAGGGGGCCCCUUGCCCAUGCCCCUCUGUGGGGGCCACAGGGAGCCAUGUGUGAUGCGGACUGUGAAAAAGCCAGGGCCCAACCUGGGGCGCUGCUUCUACAUGUGUGCCAGACCCCGAGGUCCUCCCACUGAUCCCUCCUCCCGAUGUAACUUCUUCCUCUGGAGCAGGCCCAGGCGAACCAUCCAGGCCUAGGGAUGUCUGUCAUGGUCAGCCCUGUACAGCAUCUGGGACCAGCUCCC